UCCCUGCCCUUUCUGUUCCUGGAACCUUAGUUUCUCCGUUUCGGGAGCCAGCCGGCGUGUGUCUGGGGCCCGACUCCAGGUGGGACGAGAAGCGGUAGAGGGAGUGGGCCUGUGCACGAGCGCGCGCGGGCGAGUGGGGCCGUAAUUGCAAUGGCUGCUACUGUGAACUUGGAACUUGAUCCUAUUUUUUUGAAAGCAUUGGGCUUCUUACAUUCAAAGAGUAAGGAUUCUGCUGAAAAACUAAAAGCUCUGUUGGAUGAAUCUUUGGCAAGAGGCAUAGAUUCAAAUCACCGUCCAUCACAGAAGGAAGUGGAACCUCCCAAAGUGUCAGGUUCGAAAGCAAUUUCCAUUAAGCAGGAGCCUAAAACUUCUUCCAGUCUUCCUUCUGGUAGUAAUAAUGGCAAACCUGUCACAACAGAAAAGGUGAAGAAAGAAAUUGAAAAGAGGCCUGCUGAUAAAAUGAAGGUUGACAGCAGUGAAGGAAUUGAUGUUCCAAAGAAACCCAGAUUAGAGAAGCAAGAGUCUCGUUCUUCUCCUAUCACAGUCCAAACCAGCAAGGACUUAUCUAUGCCUGACCUUUCCAGUUUUGAUGAGACCAGUGCUGAUGACUUUGCCAUGGAAAUGGGUUUGGCUUGUGUUGUUUGUAGGCAAAUGACAGUAGCAUCUGGCAAUCAGUUAGUUGAGUGUCAAGAAUGUCAUAAUCUCUAUCACCAGGAUUGUCAUAAACCUCAGGUGACUGACAAGGAAGUGAAUGAUCCACGUCUUGUAUGGUAUUGUGCUCGAUGCACAAGGCAAAUGAAGAGAAUGGCUCAAAAGACACAGAAACCAGCCCAGAAACCAGCCCCAUCAGUUGUUUCAGUAGCUCCAGCUGUUAAAGAUCCAUUGGUUAAAAAACCUGAAACUAAGCUGAAACAAGAAACAACUUUUCUAGCAUUCAAGAGAACAGAAGUUAAGCCAUCCACAGUGGUUUCAGGAAAUUCUUCCAAUUCAAGUGUUUCAUCUUCCGCACCCAGUGGUCUAACAGGAUGGGCAGCUUUUGCAGCCAAAACCUCUUCUGCUGGACCUUCAACAGGCAAGCUUAGUUCAACAACACAGAAUGCUGGCGGGAAACCUACUACCUCCUCUGCCAACCAGAAAGCAGUGGGUUUGACUGGACUGGCCACCACGUCUAAAGCUGCCCUAGGUUCAAAAAUAUCUUCUCCUACUGGCAGUACAACUCCUGUAUCACUGAAACCUCUGCCUCCUUUAACUUUAGGCAAAACUGGCCUUAGUCGCUCAGUGAGUAGUGACAAUGUGAGCAAAGUUGGCCUUCCCAGCCCAAGUAGCUUAGUUCCAGGAGGUAGCAGCCAACUCAGCAGUGGGAAUGGUAGUAGUGGAACUACCGGGGCCAGUGGAGGAGGCACCACUAAAACCAGCUCAGAGCCUAGUAGCAACCCAUCAUCAUCCUCACUCAAGGGCCCAACUUCUCAGGAGUCACAACUCAAUGCAAUGAAGCGGUUACAGAUGGUCAAGAAGAAAGCUGCUCAAAAGAAACUUAAGAAAUAGCUUAGCUACAUUUGAUUUUCUCUUACACUGAAUUGAUGACCACUUCUGUGCUGAAGAUAAAAAAAUUUAAUGUAUCGUUUAAUAAAAUGUUACAUGACCAAGCUAUCCAGUUGUUUCUUUUCGGAAAAUUUUUGACAAAACUGUGAAGCUAUUUGGGUUUCUUAUUAGCCUUUUGUACAGUUUUAUUUUGUUAAAACCUGUCAUGUCAAAAUUGUAUAAUGGCUUUAAUAAAAAUUUUCAUGAAUUUCAGGGUCUCUAAGAAUAACUUAUAUAAAAUACAAUGGCAAAAUUUUUAAAAAAUAAAUUAAAGGACAAAGGCCUAUAUUCAUCUUCCUGAAAAAGCCCUAAAUUGACUCUUGAUAGCCAGAUUAUAAAAACUAGCUAAUAUGCUGGUGAAUUUUCCUCUUUUUAUCCUUUUCAUGCCAUCUUACUCUGGAAUUUGUCAUGAAAGGGUGAGGGGGGAAAGACCUCUUCAGAGUCCUUUGGUGAACCGCCAUGUCUUGUGCAUAGGAUUGAUUAUGUCUAGCAUGUACAUUAUUGCUAAAUUCUUGGAGUAAGAAACUAUUAACUUGAAUUAUUUGAUCUUUGUUCCUCAGGGUCAUUGUAGUAAGCUUAAGUUUUGAAUCUUUAUUCACAGGUUAAUAUAUUUAUAGCAGGAAAAUAGUUCAGGCCAACAUCUUCAUUUUAUACAUUUGAGGAAAUUGAGGCUCAGAAGAUCAGUCACAUAUGUAGUUGUCAAGGGUUAGAGACAGAAUUUGAAUCUAGAUCUUUCUGUCUCUAAGUCAACUCUCCCUAUAAUAUUGCUUCUGGCUAAAACUCCUUUACCUUCCAAUUCUUGAAAGUUUCAGAAGAUAAAGAGAUUAAUAUUGUUUUUCUUCUUUAAAGAUUGUUUAGUUGGUCAUUCAGGGAGACUCUAUUCUGUUUUCCAAAUGGAUUAUCUUUUUUGCUUUUAAUUCAGAAACUAGAAACCUGAGUGAUUCUUAUGGAUUGAAUUACUUGGCAAGUGUGGUGAGCUACAUAAUAUAAGGACUAUUGGACAUGUAGGUAGACUGGAUUUCCAGUCUCCACUCUUUUCUACUUGGGACACCUUGAAUAAAUCACUUCUCUAUUAACAUUAGUUUUCCAGCAAGUAAAAUGUUGGAAUUAGAUUAGAUAAAUGAUGAUGCCAGGUCUAAAAUCUUUGAUCUCAUGUAUAGCUUCUAUCCUGAUUCUCUGGCUUACUUAAUUUUUUUUUUUAAUUGAUCCCUUUUUUUAAUGUCACAUUCAUUUUCUUAUAUGCCCCUCCUCUUUCCUCUCCUUUGUGAACUUUUAAAGAAAGCAGAGAAGGGAAUGUAGAUACAGUUCAGUAAAACCAACCAACAUAUCAGCUGUAUCAGUAAAGACAACAUAUCGUACUCAUAAGAUCUCUACCUUUUCAGUGAAGGAUAAAAGAUGAAUCUUUUCAACUCCUUCAAAACCAAGUUUGGUUAUUAUAGCUGCAAAUAAUUCAGGUUGUUUUAUUCCAUAACAAUUCAUGUUUGACAUUAUUAUGUAACAAUCAAAUUCUUUUAUAAUAACUUGCAUUAAGAUAGUACUUGGUUUACAAAGUGCUUUACAAAUGUUAUUUGAAUUGAUUGUUUCCUUUAUACUGAUGGGGAAACUGAGGCUGACUUGCCCAGGCUCACAUAGCUAGUAAAUAUCUGGUAUAGGAUUUGAAUUCAGGUCUUCUUUACUCUGAAGCUUAGCCCUCUAUACUUCUAUAUAUUCAUGUAUGCAGUGUAUUUAGUCAUUAAUCAAAGGACACUUCAUUUCCAGUUUUUACUUCCGUUGUGGUAAAUGUCUUAUCAGUGGAUUAAAAGAUAGUUAUUUUAAUCAUUCUUUUUAAAAAAGACAUAACUCAUAUUGCUUUCCAGAACACAUGGGUAAGUUCAUAGCUGCUCCAUGCAUGCAUUUAGCUCUUCACAAACUUGACAAGAUCUUGGUCCUCCCACAGAUUCUCCUUUUCUCAUUUUUUUUUUUUUUUUGCCAGUUUUCUGAGUAUGAGGUAAAAUCUCACAGUUAUUUGAUUUGUGUGUUUUGUUAAUCUGAAAAAUUUUUCAUAAGGUUAAUGGUUUGCAACUCUUUUGAAGAUUGUCAUAGCCUUUGAUCACUUAUCCAUUGGAAAAAGAUUCUUUACUAUAAAUUAAAUUUAAAAAUUGUUUCCCUAAAAUAGUAUCCUUAUUUAGUUAUCUUGAUUUUGUUUGUGCAAAAGCUUUUCAGUUUCACAGCAUUGAAAUGAGCAAUUUUAUUUUGUGACCACAUGUCUCUUGUUUAACAAAGGAUUCUUCCCAGUUACAAAAGAUACCUAAUUUAGUUCUUUUCUGAUUCUUUUUGUUUUCUGUUUUUAGUGUAACCU